GGGCGGGCGGGGAGCCGGGCGUCCGUCGUCGGGUGACGCGGGCCCUCGCCCCACCCGCCGGCAGCCACUCCCCGUCUCCGUCCCCGAACUCGAGAGCGACACGUGACGCGGCCGGGGCCAGUCACGUGAGGCGGGCAUCCCGGCUGGGAGGGGGCGGCCCGCGAAGGGGUCCGGCGCGGCGGCGGCGGCGGCGGCGGCGGCGGCGGAAGAUGGCGGGGUGCCGGGGGUCCCUGUGCUGCUGCUGCUGCGGGGAGCGGGAGAGCCGCACCCCCGAGGAGCUGACCAUCCUUGGAGAGACACAGGAAGAGGAAGACGAGAUCCUUCCACGGAAAGACUAUGAGAGCUUGGACUAUGACCGCUGCAUCAAUGACCCUUACCUGGAAGUGCUGGAGACCAUGGACAAUAAGAAGGGCCGCAGGUACGAGGCGGUGAAGUGGCUGGUGGUGUUGGCCAUCGGAGUCUGCGCCGGGCUGGUGGGGCUCUUCGUGGACUUCUUCGCACGUCUCUUCACACAGCUUAAGUUUGGAGUGGUGACGACGUCCGUGGAGGAGUGUAGCCAGAAGGGCUGCCUCGCCCUGUCCCUUCUCGAGCUCUUGGGCUUCAACCUGACCUUCGUCUUCCUGGCCAGCAUCCUUGUCCUCAUUGAGCCGGUGGCAGCAGGCUCGGGGAUGCCGGAGAUCAAGUGCUACCUGAACGGCGUGAAGGUGCCCAGGAUCGUGCGGCUCCGGACUCUGCUCUGCAAGGUUUUCGGGGUGCUGUUCAGCGUGGCCGGAGGACUCUUUGUGGGAAAGGAAGACCCCAUGGUCCACAGUGGAGCGGUGCUGGGCGCCGGCCUGCCGCAGUUCCAGAGCGUCUCUCUCCGGAAGAUCCAGCUGAACUUCCCCUAUUUCCGAAGUGACAGAGACAAGCGGGACUUUGUAUCAGCAGGGGCGGCCGCUGGAGUCGCUGUGGCGUUCGGGGCUCCCAUUGGGGGUACCUUGUUCAGCCUGGAGGAGGGCUCGUCCUUCUGGAACCAGGGGCUCACGUGGAAAGUGCUCUUCUGCGCCAUGGCCGCCACCUUCACUCUCAACUUCUUUCGCUCUGGGAUCCAGUUUGGAAGCUGGGGCUCCUUCCAGCUCCCCGGUCUGCUUAACUUCGGGGAGUUCAAGUGCUCUGACUCUGAUAAAAAAUGUCAUCUCUGGACAGCUAUGGAUUUGGGGUUCUUCGUCAUGAUGGGGGUCAUCGGGGGCCUCCUGGGAGCCACGUUCAACUGUCUGAACAAGAGGCUUGCGAAGUACCGUAUGCGGAACGUGCACCCGAAACCUAAGCUCGUCAGAGUCCUCGAGGGCCUCCUGGUGGCGCUGGUGACCACCGUGGUGGUGUUUGUGGCCUCGAUGGUGCUGGGGGAGUGUCGGCCACUGUCGGCGGCCCAGCUCGGGAACGGCUCGCUCCAGCUCCAGGUCGCCCCCGAUGUGAAUUCCAGCAUCAAGACUUUCUUCUGCCCCAACGAGACCUACAACGACAUGGCCACCCUCUUCUUCAACCCACAGGAGGCGGCCAUCCUGCAGCUCCUGCACCAGGACGGUACCUUUAGCCCCAUCACGCUGGCCCUGUUCUUCGUCCUCUACUUCUUGCUGGCAUGCUGGACUUACGGCGUGUCUGUGCCAAGUGGCCUUUUUGUACCUUCUUUGCUAUGUGGAGCUGCUUUUGGACGUUUGGUGGCAAAUAUCCUGAAAAGCUACAUCGGACUGGGCCACAUCUACUCGGGGACCUUUGCCCUGAUCGGGGCCGCGGCGUUCCUGGGCGGGGUCGUCCGCAUGACCAUCAGCCUCACCGUCAUCCUGAUCGAGUCCACCAACGAGAUCGCUUAUGGGCUGCCCAUCAUGGUCACCCUGAUGGUGGCCAAGUGGACGGGGGACUUCUUCAACAAGGGCAUCUACGGCGUCCACGUGGACCUGCGCGGGGUGCCACUGCUGGAGUGGGAGACGGAGGUGGAGAUGGACAAACUGAGAGCCAGCGACAUCAUGGAGCCCAACCUGACCUACGUGUACCCGCACACGCGCAUCCAGUCCCUGGUCAGCAUCCUGCGCACCACCGUCCACCACGCCUUCCCCGUGGUCACCGAGAACCGCGGCAACGAGAAGGAGUUCAUGAAGGGCAACCAGCUCAUCAGCAACAACAUCAGGUUCAAGAAGUCCAGUAUCCUGACGCGCGCCUGUGAGCAGCGCCGGCGGAGCCAGUCCAUGAAGUCGUACCCGUCGAGCGAGCUGCGGAACGUGUGUGACGAGCACGCGCCGGCCGAGGGCCCGGCCGAGAAGGAGGACCUCCUGCAGCAGAUGCUGGAGCGCAGGUACACCCCCUACCCCAACCUGUACCCCGACCAGUCCCCGAGCGAAGACUGGACCAUGGAGGAGCGCUUCCGCCCGCUCACCUUCCACGGCCUCGUCCUGCGCUCCCAGCUCGUCACUCUGCUGGUCCGCGGGGUCUGCUACUCCGAGAGCCAGUCGAGUGCCAGCCAGCCACGCCUGUGCUAUGCCGAGAUGGCCGAGGACUACCCGCGCUACCCCGACAUCCACGACCUGGACCUCACGCUGCUCAACCCGCGGAUGAUCGUGGACGUCACCCCCUACAUGAACCCGUCGCCCUUCACCGUUUCCCCCAACGCGCACGUGUCCCAGGUCUUCAACCUCUUCCGAACCAUGGGCCUGCGGCACUUGCCCGUGGUGAACGCCGUGGGAGAGAUCGUGGGCAUCAUCACCCGGCACAACCUCACCUACGAGUUCCUGCACGCGCGCCUGCGCCAGCACUACCAGACCAUGUGACGGCGCCGCCCGCCCUGCUGCCGGCCCGGGAGGCACCGCGGGGACACGGGGCCCGGGGGAGGCUCGACCCCUGGGAGUUGGCACUUGUCUGACUGUCUCGGCACAAAUCGUCCCCCGCCUGCUCCCCACCCUCCUCGCACUGGUGUGGCGCCAGCACCCAGGGGAGCGCAUCUCCGGGGGUGACUGGGGUGACCCGAGCAGACACCCCCCCUCGCUUUGCUGCUUUCCUCGGGAACUCAGCUGUUGCCUUAAGCCCACCCCGGAUGGCACUGGAUUCUCAGCGGGGGGCUGGGGCCCGUUCGCCGCGGGGCUGUGCCCUCCUGGUACCCCAGUCUCUGCGGGGUGACCCUCCUGGGACGCCCCCAACAGAAGCACACGGUGCCCCAGCCCACUCACCACCUCUGGGCAGUGGCCCCGAGGCUUCCUCCAGACCCCGCCACCCACCGUCCACUGCUGACUGUCCCCACCCUCCUGCCCUCUGCCUGCCCCCAGCCACCCAGAGUGAGCUUUCUGCCUCCUCUGUCACCGCAGUGAGAGCAGAGAACCCCGAGACUCGGCCACCUUGCUGGCCGCUGGGCACUGAGCACUGUGGUGGGAGAGCUGCCGGAGGGACGGGAUGCAGCCCUGGGGUCACCGGUGCUUGCCUUAGCCAGGGGCCUCCCUCGGGCUGGGCGAGGCUCCGGCCCAAGCUCAGAGCCCAGCCACACCACCUGGUGUCCAUCAGGGGCCCCACGUCCCUCCAGGCCACUCCGGCCUCACUGCCCAGGGGCCCCGCGGGAGCCUCUGAGCCCUGGACGGCGCCUGUUGGCUCCGAGCUCUGCCCAGCAAGAGGCUGAGUGCGCAUGCUCUGGACUCUGGUGACAGUCCUUUGCACUUAACCCGGAUGUCACCGAGUCUGGGGACGAUUGUCUUCCCCACGACUGAGGGAAUCUGUCCACAUCUCUUUUGACUCCUGGAAAUACCCCGCCCCCCCCCCCCCCCCCGCCGCCAGCUUUUGUAUCCCUUGAAUCAAUGUCACUUUGGAUUUUUGUUUUUUUUGGUUUUGGGGCCACUUUCCAUAGUGCUCAGGGGUUCCUCCUGGCCCUGCACUCAGGAAUCACUCCUGGUGGUGCUCGGGGGACCCUGCGGGUGCCAGGGAUGGAACCUGGGUGGGCCGUGUGCAAGGCAGGCGCCCACCCCGCUGUCCUAUCACUCCGGCCCCGCUUUUGGUUUCUUAGAGGCCGUUUCACCUUCCUGAGACGCGCUGGUCCUGUGCCGGGGGGAGAAAGUGCCCUCUAAGCAGUCUCGGGGUCGCAGGGGUGGGGCCCUACCAGGCGGGCAGGCCGGACGCCGGCACCCGGGCUGAAGCAGGGCCCACCCCUCCUUGGGCCUGGCCUGGCGCAGCCUGUGAGUCACCAGAUGCUUUGUCCCCAGUCCUGUAUCCCAGCGACUGCAAAACACCCCUCCCUGCCCGGGGCCAGCCCCGAAGAUCUUCCCCUUUCCAGACAAGCCCAAAGAUGCCCGCUGCUGCCCUGUCACGACGCCCCGCCCGUUGGAGGGCAGCUUCUCAGCAUCUCCCCCGGCCCCGACCCCCCUGGGGGGCUGGGGCUCGGCCACUCGGGGUUGCCUGUGUCUGGGGUCCCCGGCAAAGCGAGGCCGGGUCUGACUGCGGCCUGAGGCUGUUUCUCGAGACCCUGUGGACUGGGCGGUUCCGCGUGGCCCCUGGCGUUUCCCAGGCCUGUCUCUGCGCAGUAUUAGCCGCCCCCAGGCCCGGGGGUGGCCCCUGGCAGCUGCAGGCAGGUCUGUCCCCUUUGCACUGUUCAGACGGUCACCUUAGUGGACACCGCUGUGUAUAUACAUUGUAUUUUUUGUUUUAAUUUGUAAAAUUCUAUUUUUAUUUGAACUUUCGGAACCUGGAAAAGUUCUAGUGGCCACCCUUAACAUGUUAGAAUAAACGUCUCCCCCGGCCCUCCCUGCGGCUGGGGUGUCCAUCUUG